AUGGAUCCGAUACUCGAGCCAAUUCCAACAAACUCGUUCCAAACGGAACCUUGUCCAGCUCCGAUGGCGUUUUCCGGUCGCUGGAGCUGCAAUCGGAGGACCGCCGCAUACGAUGAUGAUGACGCGCCGGUCAGAUCGAAGCAGCGGCCUCGUAACGACGAUGACGAGGAGGAGGAGAAUGUGGAGCAUUCAGCUGAGAAUGGGAAGGUGGAAGAGAAGAAGGUAAAGCAGAAGAGGCCGAAGAAGCCUAAGGUGACUUUGGCAGAGGCGGCGGCAAAGAUCGACGCCGCUGAUCUGGGCGCUUUCCUCGUUGAUAUAUCGGACAUAUUGAUGAUGCGGUUCGCUGAUUAUUUUGGACGUGCUUUUUCUGCCGUGACCGCAUCUCAGUUUCCCUGGGUGAAAUUGUUUAAGGAGUCAACUGUGGCUAAGGUCACUGAUAUGCCACUUUCUCACAUAUCUGAUGCUGUAUAUAAAACAUCAAUUGACUGGAUUAACCAACGAUCCCCUGAGGCACUUAGUUCCUUUCUGCUUUGGUCUUUGGAUAGCAUUCUUGCUGACUUGAGUAGCCAGCAGACUGUGGCCAAGGGUUCCAAAAAGGCUGUGCGGCAAGUUGCUUCAAAAUCUCAG